UGUUAAGUAUGUGUGCAGUGUCUCAAAUCGCACUAAACAGAUGGUAAAACUAGUGCACUACCACAGCGCGUCGUGCAUAAUCAGGACUUUCCUUUCACUACUGUAACGCCAUGAUCAGACCAAGGAUUUGACCAAUGAAAUCUAGGGAAGUGCCUUGUGUCGUGAGCAGGUCGAGCGCUAUUGGCUGCUUUUGUGUAACGCCAGUGACCAAUCAGAGCUCGUUCUGCCGUGUUGUGAGCAGCAAAAGCUGAUGGCAGCUGAGUGAAGUGAACUCCAGCACCUGAUCAGGUUGCAUUAUGGACCUUGUACUAAAUUUCGCAGACUCUCAUUUCUUCACCCCAUACAUCUACCCGUCCUCAUGGCCUGAAGAUGAGUCUCUUCGACAGAUCAUCGGAUUGCUGGUGGUGACCAACCUUGGCGCUGUGAUUUUGUACCUUGUUCUGGGGGCUUUGAACUACUAUUUCAUCUUUGACCACAGUCUAACGAAGCACCCUCAGUUUUUGGAGAACCAGGUGCAACGUGAAAUAAAGUAUGCUCUGACUGCUUUACCAUGGAUCAGCUUCCCCACAGUCGCACUCUUCUUUGCUGAAGUGCGAGGCUACAGCAAGCUCUACGAUAGCGUCAGUGAAUCAUCACUCGGUUGGCCUGGGCUGAUCUUUAGCAUGUUUUCCUUUCUCUUUUUCACUGAUAUGUGCAUCUACUGGAUACACCGGAUCCUCCAUCACAAACUGAUCUAUAAGCAUUUCCAUAAACCUCACCAUGUUUGGAAGAUCCCAACGCCGUUCGCCAGCCACGCCUUCCACCCAGUGGAUGGGUUUCUUCAGGGAUUACCCUACCACAUCUACCCCUUCCUCUUCCCCUUGCAUAAGGUGCUUUAUCUGGGCCUCUAUGUGUUUGUUAAUAUAUGGACUAUCUCCAUUCAUGAUGGAGACUACAAGGUACCCGGUCUGCUGAAGAAGUAUAUUAACGGAGCUGCACACCACACCGAUCACCAUCUUUUCUUUGACUAUAACUACGGUCAGUAUUUCACACUGUGGGACCGGAUUGGAGGAUCGUACCGACAUCCAUCAGCUUUAAAGGGGAAAGGACCACUGGACUGUGUUAAGAAUCUGCAGGAUUCCAGUGGCACAUCUGGACAUGUUAAUGGAAAUAUUUCUCAAAAGAAAAAGAAGUAGAUAACUGGUUAGAAUACUGAGACAAGGGUUUUUGCUUACUGUGUAUCCUUUUUAUUGACCAAACAAGACACACAUCCUUCUAGGAAAUUGCUGUAAUGUAAAUGAUGCAGCUAUGAGACAUUAUAAAGCACUAGGCAUCAUUUUUUAAACAUUACUUUGGUUGAAAUCUGUUAUUACAAGGACAAAUUUCACUAAUGAGUGUUUUUUUUCCCAUAUCAUUGCUAAAUAUACUGUGCAUUUUUAUACAGCACUGCACAACUUAAUGAUAAAUUCUAAAAAUAUAUAAAUAUAAUAGAAAUAUAUGUACUGCACAUGCAGGUCUCUUGGCUUUAAUUUAACGAAAUUGUGUGCCAAAUGCAUUGCAUAUGUAACUAUCAUUAUUUUUGGCCACUGUGCAAUAAGACUUUACCAUUUCUAAACCUCUGCUCUGCCUUUUUACGCUUUUUAUGCUUUCUGUACACGUGACCCAACUUGGUGAGUUUAAAAGUUAGCUCAUGUAGUGCAGGGCAGUUUUAAAACUGUGUCAAGUACAGAUAAAUGCUUGCUAUCCAUUACUCUUGUUGUAGGCAUGCAUAGCCAAAUAAUCUUUCCCAGUUCUAAUACAGAAUGCUAAAAUCUAUGCACUUCAGUGGAUAAAUGGAUAAAUAGAUAUUGGGUUUCCAACCUGCGACCUGUGAGCCUGCACCUUUGUACUUUUGUUGACUAUACAUUAAAGCAUUAGUGUGCAAGACCUGUAGAAAACCAUGGUCUUUUUAUUUUGGUGUGCUUAACACUGGUAAUUAGGAACUUAGUUUGAACUUAUAUGAGUACAGAUUUUGCAGGACAGAGGACAACACAGCACCUUGCAAAUCUAACCAUGUACUAAGUUGGAUCAAAUUGAGAACACUUUUUUGCUAUGAACUGUCUGCUCAUUAAAUACAUGUUUAUUCACUUCACUGUUUUGUUACAGUCAGCACGAUGUAUUAUGUACUACAUUAACUUACCCAGACUCCCCUGCACUGUUUUGUAUAUUCUUAACAUGAAAUUGGAUACAGGCAAUGAUUGUGUACAGCAGUUCAUACAGAUAAUGUCUUAAUAAAUUACUGAUGCAUCAGCAAAA